GCCCCUUGUAAUCUGAAGAACCACUAACAAUUCGACACAUCACCAACCUUAUCACCAUUAACUGCUUCUCUCUUCCAUUCAUUCUGUUUUUCAUUUUCUUUUUCCAAAUUUUAUUUUUUACCGUCGUCUCUUCCAUUCAUUCAUUCGCGUCGUAUGGCACUCACGGAACUGUUGGGUCACUGAAGCUCUUUGAGACUUCGAUCUAGGUCGUUUGAAACUGUGGCUCGCCGGAGCUCAUCGCUGAAGUUUCUGGGUUUGUCUGAAACUCACGGUUCAGAAUCGCUGAAGCUUUUCCAAUGGAUUGAACGUUGAUGCUCUUCAGGUUUGGUCGCUUCUCAAGCCCUCUAUAUAGAGCUCUCAGUUGGGUCUUCAAUGGAACUCUAGUUCAGUUGAAACACCUCUCCAGACCAUUUUUCUUAAUUAUCUUGUCUUGGCAGCUUCGGUUCGGAGCUCACCGAUCCAAUUUCAAUGGACACUGCUGCUCGGAGCUCGCCAGAACGGAUGGGUCAUUGUAGCUCUGCACUUGUACGUUUUCAUCUUUGGUUGGGCCGGUGGUCAUUGAGUUUGAAGCUUUCUGAUGGUCGGUUUGAUUUAUGCGGUAUAGUCGUUAAUGCUCAUAGCUUCUCGCCGGUUGAAUUGUUGUACUUAACCUUUUCCGGCCAGUUGUCACUGUUCUUUAUUCUAGAAAAAUAGAAGGCAAUGCUAUAUAGGUGCAGAUAGCCCCUGUCCAUGAUGAAGUUUAGAAUCAAAUAAGAGUAAGGGCAAGAAAAGUACACUAGAGUUAUUUGUUCAUCCAGUAAAAGUUCAAUGUUUGGUUGCCCCUCAUACUUAGAUCUUUUGCGAGGGAGAGCCUGUGAGAAAGGAGUCACCUCAUCAAUUUUCUCUAAUAAUAACACCUUCGUUUUAAUUAAAAACCUCUUUAGUGUUGAAAAAAAAAACCUCAUCUUUGAUAUUAUUUUAAUACUCAUUCAUCCAAAUAUAUAUUUCAUCUUCCCAAUUUUGUUUCUCCUUUUAGCAUCUUAUACAAUUUGUUGGUUUGAUCUCCGAAGCUCACUGGCUUGGUCUUUGAAGUUUACUGUUCCGUUCAAGGCUAAGAAUUUAUGGGACAUAUAUACAUAUAGGGCAUGUUUGGUUGGGGUUCUAAAGAUUAUAAGAAGGGCAAUUAGAUCUUUUAAUUUUCAUAAGGGCGGCUUUAUGGUUAUUUAAUUUAAAUUGGGUUGUCACGUGCCAUUUUAACAAUCAAAAUUCAACCUACGGCUGCCGGAGUGAGAAAUUUGCACCUAAAAAAGUUAGUUGAGGGGAUUAUUUGUAAUUUUUAUAUUUCAAGGGGGAUAUAUGACUGACGGCUUAAUGAGACUACUACAGAGUCCAGUCUGAAUUUUUUGGGGACCAUAGUAAUAUAGUUUGAAGGUUUACGUGAAUACACUGGACUUGGGAACAGCAGGACAAAUUUAUUGUUUGUUUUUUUUGGGUACCUAAGACUAAUUUAUUGUCCUAAUGCGGUCAAUUUGAUGGGUGGAUAGAAUUUGGUGCAUGGUCUGCGGAUCAAAAGUAAGAUAUUAAUAUUUGGGAAAAUUACAUAUAAAUGGAGUCAAAGUUUCAUAUUUACUUAGAGACUGAAUCAAAGUUCCAUAUUUCUCUAAAAUGGAUUGCUGAGGUAGCACAUGAUUUUUUACUGUUUAAAAAAUUGUGGUGCCUAAAAUGCCCUUCCCUAAUAAAAAAGUAGUACCUUCAGUUCAAAAAAGUAAUACCUUCAGUUCAAAAAAGUAGUACAUUCGGAGAAAAAGUAGUACCUUCGCGAGUGUUUAAAAAACAUGGUACCUGGACGCCAAAAAGUAGUACCUUCAGUUCAAAAAAGUAGUACGUUCGAAGAAAAAGUAGUACCUUCGCGGAAGGGUAUUUUAGGCAUCACAAUUUCUAAACGGUAAAAAACCAUGUGCCACCUCAGCAAUCCAUUUUAGAGAAAUAUGGAACUUUGACUCAGCCUCUAAGUAAAUAUGAAACUUUAACUCCAUUUAUAUGUAAUUUUUCCUUAAUAUUUCGUGCAUUUUGUUUUGUUUCUUCACCUUUUGGUUGUAUUCAAUUUGUUUGGUUUAUCAUCCAAAAAAAGUAAAACGAAGACUAAUCAUUUGUUUCCUUUUUUUUUAUUUUUUAUUUUUUAUUUUUUUUUCGAAUAAUUUGUACUUUCUCUAUAAAAACAGGACGAAUUUCUCUCUAAUUCACAGGCUUUGUUCUCUGCUUCCCUUUUUAUUGUUUCUCGUUCAACUUACGCUAAAGAGACGUGGGAACUAGAGCUGUAACUCGUUAGAGCUAUAUCCACAACUCUCAAGCAAGCAUAAAUCUAGACAAAUGACGAUGGAGUUCCCAAUCCUGUUCUUCCCAAUUCUAUUCACAUUCCUGCUGUUUCUGUUCAUGGUACUGAAAACCAAGAUCAGUUCAUCUCCAAAACUGCCUCCUGGGCCAUGGAAGCUACCUCUAAUAGGUAACAUUCAUCAAUUUGUCGGAUCUCUACCCCAUCACCGCCUAAGAGAUUUGGCCAUGAAAUAUGGACCUCUGAUGCACCUGCAACUCGGACAACUUCCUAUUGUUGUGAUUACUUCAGCAGAAUUUGCCAAAGAGGUGAUGAAAACACAUGACAUCAUCUUUGCUAGCAGACCUUUUAUUUUUGCUAUGAAUAUCAUAUCUGGGAGUGACAUAGCCUUCGCGCCUUAUGGGGAUCACUGGAGACAACUUCGAAAAGUUUGCAUACUGGAGCUUUUAAGUGCCAAGCGUGUCCAAUCAUUCCGACCCAUCAGGGAAGAAGAGGCCUCGAAUUUGAUCAAAUCUAUUUUGACCCAUAAUACAGCUGGAUCUCUCAUAAAUCUCACUGAAAAAGUUUUCUCCAUGACAUACAACGUUGUUGCUAAGGUGGCCAUUGGUAAGAAAUUCCAUGGGAAAGAAGAAUUCUUAUCACUUAUUAGGGAUACUAUGGAGGUAGCAGGAGGUUUCAAUGUUGCUGAUCUCUUUCCUUCAGUUAAAAUACUUGGUUUGAUAAGUGGGCUAAAGCCUAGAGCUGAGGAGAUUCAUCGAAAAAUUGAUCAGAUAUUUACUAACAUUAUUGAUGAACAUAAAGCUAGAGAUGGUGAAGUUGAUUGUGAAGACUUGAUAGAUGUACUUUUAAAAGUUCAGGAGAAGGGUAACCUUAAUAUCCCCUUAACUAUGACGACACUCACGUCAGUUCUCAUGGACGUAUUCACUGGAGGGAUUGAGACAUCAUCCUCAACUGUAAUCUGGGCAAUGUCAGAAUUGCUGAAAAAUCCAAAAGUUAUGGAAAAGGCACAAGCUGAGGUGAGACAAGUUUUAAGUAAAAAAGGAGAUAUUGUAAAUGAAGAUGACAUCCAUGGAUUGAGUUACUUGAAGUUAGUUAUCAAAGAAACUCUAAGGUUACACCCUCCUAGCCCUCUGUUAAUUCCAAGAGAGAGCAGAGAGACAUGUGAAAUCAAUGGAUAUGAGAUACCUGCAAAAACCAAAGUCAUUGUCAAUGUAUGGGCAAUUUGUAGAAAUCCUGAAAAUUGGAGUGAUCCAGAGAGCUUUCAUCCAGAGAGAUUCCUUGACAAUUCAGUUGAUUACAAGGGGACUCAUUUCCAAUUUACACCAUUUGGUGCUGGCAGGAGAAUAUGUCCUGGCAUGUCGUUCGGGAUAGCUAAUGUUGAGCUUCCACUUGCUAAUUUAUUGUAUCACUUUGACUGGAAACUUCCUGAGGGACAAAAGCCAGAAGAUCUAGACAUGACUGAGGUAUUUGGUUCAGCAAUUAGUAGGGAAAGGGAUUUGUGUAUGAUUCCUGUUGCUUAUCAUCCUUCAACUCGUGAGUAAGAUAUUAAGACAAGAAGGUAGAAAGCAUUGGAUGGUCACUAUUGAAUUUCCAGUUUCGUGUGAGCCUCUAUAUAUAACAAUAUAGAUGAAAGUAAAAUAAGAACUGGUGCUAUGUGGACUUCCAUAGAAAAUUGAAUAAAGAGUAUUAUGCCUUUUUGGUGUUUUUUA